GGGAGAUGGAGCAGUUCACGGUUGAGAUAAGAGACUGCGUUAUCCUGAAGACCUUAGCAGUGUGCCUCGGUCCCAGACAAACGCGGUAUGGAUCAUGUUGGCCAUCGGGUCAACAUGAGGCAACGGUGUCAGGCACUCAUAUUUUGCGACAUCCGGGUUCAAUCUUCGCGGAUCACUAAAGACUUCCCCUGGCCGAUCACACCGCUUGUACUGUAGACCGACAGAACGAUGCUCUCGUGGGUCCAGAUCCAUCGACGCAGCUGUAAUCAGAGCUUUUCAAGCUGUACAAUGUAGUCUCCGAGUUCGGUGCAUGUAGUCGCACGCGUGUGCGCUUCCGCGUGGCGUUCAAGUUCUGUUGCACGGUCACGCCCGUCAAGUUCUCCUCAUGACGAUAUGGAGGCUGGUCGACGCCCCUCUACAACACCGUCUCUCGCAGCCCGUUCUUCAACGACGCCUUUCCUAUGCAUCACCAGGCUUCCCGGUCCCUCUACAGUUGAGGCGCUUGAGGAGUCUUUCUUGUGCAAAGUCCAUUGAGUCACCCCUUACUUGCCUUCCAUCACUUUCGCUGCCUCCAAUGGCACCAUGGCGGUGUUUGUUGACCUUGACGACGAUGACUGCUCAUCCCACGAUCGAUCGUGUAAUGGGGUGGAAUCGAGACGGUCACCACCCCCAUUCUCAACUCCUAACCAUGACCAGCUGAAGCCUGUGAUAACGGGAGUGGCUACUUCAGUGGGCAAAACUACAGACAGAGUGGCGGCGGCCUUAACGUGUUAUCCUGUCGCUUUAUCUCUGGCCAGCCACCUCGACCUCAAUGAUCUUCAUGCUUUGGCGGCAACCUGCAGAAGCGUCCACUCAAGUUUGACCCAAUAUGCCCCCCAACUUAAGGCACAUUCCCUGCGAUGCAUUCACGACGAGAAACCUGUGCUGGCAGAACUACUUGCAGCGACUGGUCUACAAGAGACAGACAUUGAAAUAUCGCUGAAUAACGGCGACAACCCUCACCCCGGCCCGUCCGCAGCCUGGCCAGUGUCCAGUCAAGAGGAGGAUGCUGCAAGACCAUGGGUACGCUCGGUCCCCGAGGGGAUUUAUGCGUCUACGGGGCUGUCCAGCAAGAUCAGCUCUUGCGCUCGAGACUUGGUGGCUCCUUGUCGCAGAUGUGGAACAAUCGUCUGUCGAAAUUGCGUGGCCAAGUCUCCCAGCCCAAGUAAUGCCAGACUAAAGGAUCGUCAUCGGCGCUUAUGCAGCACUUGUCUGGAUGCACCGCUGGAAUCGCAUCUUCUCCCCCGUCUUCCGGCACGGGAGUCAAUCGAUGGCGUUCUGAUAUCCAGCGCGAGUUCAGUCAAGUCGGAGCGCUCGUAUUCCGGCCAUUCUACUUCGAGUUCGGGUUCUGAGCUGGACGCCAGUGAGAUCGACCACAGUUACUUGGAUUCAUUCACAUCACCAGCAUUUCUUCGGGGCCCUUGCACGUGCGAAGCUCGCGGGGUGUUCUUGUGCGGUCCCUGUGGACAGAAUCUCGGGGCCGCCGACACGACAUACAAGCGGGUGUGGACAUGGCGAUCUCGAUAUUCUACUCACAUCGGCGGUGGGUUGGGCACCGGCUUGGGGGUCGGCAACCAGGGGCAGAAAUGUGGACGGGGGCCAGACUGUCUGGCCAAGAGCGGAAAAUCUGUAUGCUGGGUCGAGAUGGAAUGCUCUGAGGGCAGUCCCCAUGACCACUACUGGGAGCACGAUGGGAACGAGUCGAGUAGAGUUGGCACACCGGACUACACCAGUAGCAACAGGCCUGGUUAUUUCCAGCAGGAGAUUGAGGGCAUCGGCGGAGUGGUCAAGAAAAAGCUCAAGAAGAAAGUCAAGGUCGGGGCGACAGUGUGGGAAUAUGAAGAUGAAAGGGAAAGUGGCAAAUACCUCGAAAGGGAGGCCCAGGGUACGGUGCGUAGCUGGUGCGGUUGGUGCGGGCGAGUCUGCCCAUCGCGACAAGAUCGGGAGGAAGCAUGCCUCGACAUGGCUACGAUAGUUAUGUGAGCGUAGUAUAGCAGUGAUGACUUGGGAGCAGCAGACCCGUACCCAGGAUUUUGUUUCUACACUGUUCUGAUUUCACUACGAGCAGGUAGUAAUAUAGUACCUUGGUACCUGCUAGCAUCUGGCUGAGUUUCGGGACAUCGCCAUGCUUCUGGAGAUAUUGCAUACAAUGUUGUAGAUCGAUCUCGGGCGGGCGAUUCUAGUACCACUACUAGUGGUACCUGGCUACCUUAUGAUUGGC